AUGGUUUCCUAUAAAGAAAUACAAGCCUCCAACUCGCUCAUCAACGACGCGACGGCGCCCCGUGUCUCUGUUUUCGUCGGUGGCACAUCGGGCAUCGGAAAGUUUACCAUCAAAGCCCUCGUGUCCACGGGUGCGAGCGUGAGAAUCUACCUCGUCGGGCGGAAGAGUUCUGAAGAGCCCGCGCGGGCUUUCAUCCAGGAAUUAAACGCCAUCAACCCCAAGGCGGAAAUCGUUUGGACCGAGGGCGAGGUCUCGCUCCUCGCCGACGUCAAGAGAAUAUGCGAGCUCAUCAGAAAGACGGAAUCACGCGUCGAUUUGCUGUUCCUUACCGCGGGCUAUGCGCCAUUCGGUACGCGCAAGGAGACUAGCGAGGGAGUGGAAGUCGCGCAGAGCUUGGAGUACUAUUCGCGGGUGCUGUUCAUUCAUCAUCUUCUCCCCGUCUUGGGUGCAUCUGAGGCUCCUAGGGUCAUCAGCGUCCUGGGAGGUGGGCUGGAGAAGUCAAGCGUCAAUGUGGACGACCUGGACUUGAAGAACCCCGGAAAUUUCAGCGGCAUCAAGGCACAGAUACAAUACGUAACCAUGAACACGGCCUAUCUGGAGAAGCUGGCUAUCCAAAAUCCUAACGUGACCUUCAUUCACUCCUGGCCGGGAUGGGUCAGCACGGGAAACAUGAGGAGGGGCUGGGAUGAAGGCUCGAUUGUAGCUCGCAUCUUUUGGUUCGUCCUCGAGCCAAUCGUCUAUCUAUUCGGGUAUAGCGACGAGGAGUCUGGGCAGAGAAACCUGUUCCAAUGUACCAGUGCUGCCUUUGGCGGUCGUGGUAUACCAUGGGCAGGGAACAAGGGAGUCAACUCGCUCGAAAAAUCACAAGAUGGAUUAUUCCUUGUCAGUUAUAAUUGCGACUGCACUCCGAAUGCUAAAGCUCUGCCUCAACUUCGGGAAUCGUCACAGGAAAAGAUUUGGGACCACACGCAAAAACUUCUUCAACCAUAUCUAUAA